UUUUCCCUUCUACGAUAUUCGUGGCUUCUCCCUCCACCCCCAUCCCCUUGGUCGGAGAAGGCACACACACACACACAAACGCAGAGAAACAAGAGGAAGAAAAGUACUGCGACCUUCUCCCUCUGCUGCAAACAGUGAAAGCAAACGGAGACGGGAUUUGGCUUCUACCUCAAGGUAAAGCCCUGCCUCUUUUACUUACUCACCACCUCCUCCAAGAAAGAGAAGCAAAGACAGGAUCUAAAGUGGAGAAAAACAGGUAUUCUACAUCUGGCAUUUGGAGCACAGGGAGCCAGGAAGUGAAAGAUGGUUGUGGUUGCCCGCACUGGCUGCAGGGCAGCUGUCUUCCUCUGGAUUUUCAGCAGCAUCAGUUGCAGAGCCAGGACUUCUCUGCCUGCUCAAAAGUGUGAUGAACCCCUGGUCUCAGCAUUACCCCACUCCUCCUUCAGCAGUUCAUCAUCAAUGACAAGCAGCUAUGUGCCCGGGUAUGCCAAGUUAAACAAGAGAGGAGGUGCAGGAGGCUGGUCUCCAUCAGACAGUGAUCAUUAUCAGUGGCUGCAGGUGGAUUUUGGUAAUAGGAAGCAGAUCAGUGCUAUCGCAACUCAAGGCAGGUAUAGCAGUUCUGACUGGGUUACUCAGUAUCGGAUGCUCUGUAGUGAUACAGGGAGAAACUGGAAGCCUUACCAUCAGGAUGGAAAUAUCUGGGCAUUUCCUGGAAACACAAACUCUGAUAGUGUGGUCCGACAUGAUUUGCAACACCCAGUUAUUGCUCGCUAUGUACGUAUAGUUCCUUUAGAUUGGAAUGGAGAAGGCCAAAUUGGGUUAAGAAUUGAGGUCUACGGCUGCUCCUACUGGGCUGAUGUUAUCAAUUUUGAUGGUCACGUAGUGUUACCAUACAGAUUCAGGAACAAGAAAAUGAAAACAUUGAAAGAUGUCAUCUCUCUGAAAUUUAAGACCUCUGAAAGUGAAGGUGUAAUCUUCCACGGAGAAGGACAACAAGGAGACUAUAUCACCUUGGAACUCAAGAAAGCCAAGCUUUUUCUAAAUUUAAAUUUAGGUAGCAACCAGCUUGGCUCUAUUUAUGGCCACACAUCCGUGAUGACUGGCAGUCUCUUAGAUGACCACCAUUGGCACUCCAUCGUUAUAGAACGCCAUGGGAGAAACAUCAAUCUCACCCUGGAUAGACACAUUCAGCAUUUCAGAACUAAUGGAGAAUUUGACUAUCUGGACCUGGAUUAUGAGAUAACCUUUGGAGGUAUGCCUUUUUCUGGGAAGCCAAGUUCAAACAGCAGAAAAAAUUUCAAAGGCUGCAUGGAGAGCAUCAACUACAAUGGCAAUAAUAUCACUGACCUUGCUAGAAGGAAGAAACUGGAACCCUCUAAUGUGGGAAAUUUAAGUUUUUCUUGUGUGGAGCCACAUACAGUGCCUGUCUUUUUCAAUGCCACCAGUUACCUUGAAGUUCCUGGACGUCCAAGCCAGGAUUUGUUUUCACUCAGUUUUCUUUUCCGAACCUGGAACCCCAAUGGACUUCUUGUCUUCAGCAACUUUGCAGAUGGCCUGGGGAAUGUUGAGAUUGACAUUAAUGAAGGCAAGGUCAGCGUUCAUAUAAAUGUCACCCAAGUAAAGAAGAAUCAAAUAGAUAUCUCAUCAGGCUCUGGUCUCAAUGAUGGGCAAUGGCAUGAAGUUCGAUUUCUAGCUAAAGAAAAUUUUGCAGUUCUCACCAUUGAUGGAGAUGAAGCUUCUGCUGUUCGAACGAACAGCCCUCUACAAGUUAAAACUGGAGAGAAAUAUUUAUUUGGAGGGUUUCCUCUACAGAUGAAUGACUCGGAUCACUCUCUAUUUCACCAUUCGUUUCAAGGAUGCAUGCAGUUUAUUCAUGUGGAUGAUCAGCUGGUGGAUUUGCAAGCAGUAGAGCAAGGUCAGCUGGGAAGCUUUGCCAAUGUCAGCAUUGACAUGUGUGCCAUUAUUGACAGGUGUGUGCCCAAUCACUGUGAACACGAUGGCAAAUGCACCCAGACGUGGGACAGUUUCAAGUGUAGUUGUGAUGGAACUGGGUACAGCGGGACGACUUGUCACAACUCUAUUUAUGAGCUCUCUUGUGAAGCAUACAAACACUUGGGCAAAACUUCAAAUUACUACUGGAUAGAUCCAGACGGAAGUGGAGCACUGGGACCUUUGAAAGUUUACUGCAACAUGACAGAGGAUAAAGUAUGGACAACUGUGUAUCAUGAUCUGCAAAUGCAGACAUCUGUUGGAGGCAACAGUCUAGAAAAAGUAUCUGUGCUGCAGCUAAAUUACAGUGCAACGAUGGACCAGAUUUCUGCCAUUACCAGUAGUGCUGAAUACUGUGAGCAGUUUAUCUCAUAUUCUUGCAAGAUGUCCCGGCUGCUGAACACACCAGAAGGGAAUCCGUAUACGUGGUGGGUUGGAAAAGCCAAUGAGAAGCAUUACUAUUGGGGUGGAUCAGGACCUGGUAUUCAGAAAUGUGCCUGUGGAAUUGAACGCAACUGUACUGAUCCCAAGUACUACUGCAACUGUGAUGCUGAUUAUAAACAAUGGAGAAAAGACACUGGGAUGCUGUCAUACAAAGAGCACCUACCAGUGAGUCAAGUAGUGGUUGGAGACAUUGACCGGCCUGGGUCUGAAGCAAAGAUAUCUGUGGGUCCUGUGCGUUGCCAAGGAGAUCGGAACUACUGGAAUGCAGCCUCCUUCAUCACAUCAUCAUCCUACCUUCACUUCUCCACCUUCCAAGGGGAAACCAGUGCGGAUAUCUCUUUCUAUUUCAAAACAUCAGCCUCAGAUGGAGUAUUUCUUGAGAAUCUGGGAAAUACUGACUUCAUCAAACUAGAGCUGAAAUCUGCUACAGAGGUUUCAUUUUCAUUUGAUGUUGGAAAUGGACCUGUGGAAAUAAUCGUCCGGUCUCCCAGCCAGCUGAAUGAUGACCAGUGGCAUCGGGUCAGGGCAGAGAGGAACGUCAAACAGGCCAGCCUGCAGGUAGAUCAGUUGCCUCCAGAAGUCCGGAAAGCACCGACGGAAGGACACACACGACUGGAAUUGUACAGCCAGCUCUAUGUAGGUGCCGCGGGCGGCCAGCAGGGUUUCCUAGGUUGCAUUCGCUCAUUAAGGAUGAAUGGGGUAACACUGGACUUGGAAGAGAGAGCAAAAGUCACUCUAGGGGUGAAGCCUGGCUGCUCUGGCCACUGCACAAGCUAUGGAAUGUACUGCGCCAACGGAGGAAAGUGUGUUGAGAAAUACAAUGGCUACUCCUGUGACUGCUCCAAAACAGCGUAUGAUGGACCAUUUUGCAUUAAAGAUGUGGGAGCAUUUUUUGAAGAAGGAAUGUGGCUUCGUUACAACUUCCAUUCCCCAGGGACUAGCAUGAAGGAUUUAGUUAGCCGAACACUGUUGAGUUCUACAGAUCCUGAGAUUACAGCGACCAGCCAUAACUUGAAUAAAGAAGAACUCAGCUUCAGCUUCAGUACCACCAAGUCCCCUUGUGUCCUUUUGUAUAUCAGUUCCUAUACCCAGGACUUCAUGGCAGUGCUUGUCAAGCCAUCCGGGAAUCUGCAAAUUCGGUACAGCCUAGGAGGUACCAAGGAGCCAUAUAACAUUGACGUUGACCACAGAAACAUGGCGAACGGACAGCCCCACACUGUUAACAUCACGCGGGAUGAACGGGACAUCGUUCUGCAGAUUGAUCACUAUCCUCCAGCAACUUACAGCCUGCCAGCAGCAUCUGACAUUCAGUUCAAUUCCCCAAAAGCACUCUUCCUAGGAAAAGUCAUAGAAAUUGGGAAGAUCGACCAAGAUAUCUAUAAAUACAACACACCAGGAUUCACUGGUUGCCUAUCAAGAGUACAGUUCAACCAGAUUGCUCCCCUCAAAGCAGCUUUGAGAUCUACCAAUACCUCCUCUCACGUUCACAUUCAAGGAGAACUGGUGGAAUCCAACUGUGGAGCAUCGCCACUGACGAUCCCACCAAUGUCGGCUGCAACUGACCCGUGGCACUUAGAUUCAGCCAGUGCUGAUUUCCCAUACAACGGUCAAGCCAUAGGAGAUGGAGUUAACAGAAACUCUGCUAUUAUUGGAGGCGUCAUCGCUGUGGUGAUCUUCACCAUCCUCUGCACGUUGGUGUUCCUGAUCCGCUACAUGUUUCGCCACAAGGGAACCUACCACACCAAUGAGGCCAAGGGGGCAGAGUCAGCUGAAAGUGCCGAUGCUGCCAUCAUGAACAAUGACCCCAACUUCACAGAGACCAUCGACGAGAGCAAGAAGGAAUGGCUUAUCUAAGCCCAUAGAGAGGGAGCUUGGGAAGGGAUACAAGCUGGGCCAGGUUGGGACUGGAAUGACUCUUGCAGUGGGGAGAGAACAUUCUGCAUUGGAAACUUGAGCACACAUAUGGUAAAAAGAUCAGCACAACUAGAGGAGCAAGUGACAGGAAAAAUCACUGAGACUGGAGGAGAAAAAUAUCACAAGCAUUUAAGAAAAAUACUUUUAAACAUUAAUUACAGUGAAUCAGUGAAUUGCCCUUCUGUAUUCGAACAACUGUAACAAAGAACAGUUUCGCAGCUUCAGCAUUGGUUAAAAUUUUCAGUAAUAACUAUCUUUUUGUGUAUGUGUUUAGAGGUAUUCUAAAGAACAAGAAAUGGGGCCUUUUUCUUUUUUUUUUUCUUUACUUUUUUUUUGAAAGCUGUUUAAAAUGGAGGUGGUUCUGUCCUGAAACAAGUGGCGGAACUUUGUUCUGAUGUUGUGUUUCUUCUUAUCUGGCCACUUCCCCACAGGCUGCUAUCAGCCCUGCACCUUCACUGUAUCAUGCUUCAUUUUGGUGGUGUUUAAACAGAUGAUCAGAGCUGGGGGCAGACCUGAGGGGUGAGGAAGGAUACUUAAUGCAGCUAAACCUUGCCAGUUUUUCAAAAUGUCACCGGCUCUUCUCAAUACUGGCAGGAUUCAUCUUUUUUUGACACACGUACUUCAUUGAUUCUGUACAGUUCUCAUCAGCAGUGUAAAAAUGUUAUUAUGACUUCUACUACUACUACAACUGCUUGUACUGGAGAGGAUGAUCAUAAAGCACAGCACUCUUAUUUUUUAUUACUUUUGUGAACUCUGAGGGCGGAUGGUGCUGUGCGAGUCUGUAGACCUGUUCUUGUGUCUUUGGCUAGGGCUCUGCUGACCCCAGGCACAUGCCAGUCUAAAUUCAGCUCUGCCUGUGCUGGUGUGUAUAUCCUGGACUUAGGCAUAAGCAUUGUAGUAGGAAAUAAUAGCCAAAUUUCAUUUGCUUCUGUUUCUUUUUUAUAGGCUGUCACAGAAAUAUUAACUAGUACAGCUCUAGUCAAUGUAUUUAAACUCAUGGACUUCACAUGAUACUUUUUACAGCUUUGGCAUAACAAUUUACACUUUAAUUUUAUUUUUUUUUUAAUUGCCUCCUGAAGAAAGCCUCUGCUGACAGCAUUUGCACAGGCAGAAAAAUGAAGCAACAAAGAUGUGAAAGCUCUGCCUCGAGAGCACGUGAAAAACACACGGUGCUAGAAAAGACAUAUUUUUCAAUACGCAGAUUUACCUGAACUAUUACUUAUCUAAAGCCUUUUUAAGAAUGUCAAGGAGAGUGCCAAGUGCAUCAUUUUACCCCAUGUCCCCUCUUAGACCACGGAAGUUGCAGAUCCUACCUGAGAAGCAGGACAGUAGUUGUAGAAAGGCAAGGGGGCUGCCUGAAGACCUUGAAUCCUUUGAUGGCAGCAAAGAAGCUGUAGCUUGCCCUGUGCAUGUAUGCAUGGUCCUCCAGGUCUGAUUUCAGAAAUGUAGGGCCUUGCUGGGCAGUUUUUGCUGGAACAAGGGAGUGAAUGUAUUGCAAUACAUUUCCUGAGUGCUAAAAGAACAGAUGCAACACCAAGAAUUCCCUUUUAAAUGUAUUUAUGCUUGUGACAGUCUCAGAUUUGCUUUAUCUUUUAAUAUCGAUGGGUUUAGUAUGCGAAGAUUUAAUCCAUUUUUCUUUGUAAGAAGGAUUUAUUUUUCAAAUCCAAAUCUGAAAUCUACUACACUGAUCAGUGCUGGCACCACUAAUUUCCUUAUCUUUUUGAUUGUAUUUUUAUUAUAAUAGGUAAUGAUUUAAAAUUUAAUUCAAAAAAAUCACAGAGAGGGAGGAAAAUAUUUGACUCUUACCUGACAAGAAGUUUGUAAGCACAAUUUGAGAGCUAGACAGGGAUAGAUAGUUUGAUUUAAGGAUGGUAGUAUAAAGUCAUCCGGUGGAUUCAUUGAACGUGUAUCAGACCAAAUCAAAUCCAUUGAUUUCUUCCUGCUCAUGGAUUUGGAAUUAGCAUACAAAAAGGUUCAAAUGAGAUUUACUGUUUCUCAGGUAAUUUUAUGUGACAGAGGUAUUCAGGUAAACAUGAAAGCUACCUCUGUCAUUCUUGUGCUCUACAGUCUUUUGCCUUGCCUCCAGUAUCAGCAUCUCCCUCUCUCGUGCUUAAUUAAAUAGAUGAGUCCCUGAUCAUGUUUACUUGUGGGUGUAAGAUUAAUCUCUAACCCUUUGGAGAAUAUCAGCCUGGGAUGACUCCAGCCUGCACCACUGACUAUUCAGCAAAAUACUUUGGUUGUUCCAUGUUGCAAUUGCAGAUGAAUUACAAUUUCUGUAAUUGAAGUGGUGUUCACUUUUCUAUACAAUAUUCUGUAUUUGAUUUUAAUUGUACUUUAGUCCACUCUGAGAAACAUCCUUGCCUACAACUUCAAGUUAUCAAGAGCAGUGAAUACAGCACAUUUGCAUAGACUGGAAUUUAGUUUGCAGAAAGAAGUACUAAUCUGAACUUAAUGUCUGUGAUGGGGAUCGGACUCAUGUAUACUGAGAACAUGGAAUCCUCUGAUGCUAGAGGACAAAGUAGCCAAAUGACUUAGCAUGGUACUGGAAGGGAAAGAUGGCUUGGUCUGUGUGCCUAGCCAAGUCCUUGGCCAAGCUAGAAACACUUGCUGAAUUAUGGCAAAGGGGUCUGAGGCAUCUAUUCACUGACUUUCCAAAAGAUUCCCAGUUUAGCUCUCACAACCCUGCAAGCAAGAUUUCUGGAAAACAACCUUUGACUAUUGCACAUGCAAUACUUGUAAAUGCAUGUCUUAAAUUUCGAAGACAGGAUUUACAUUUCCUAAAUUAAGUUGAAUGCAUCUUCAUCUCUCCAUUGGACACCAUGUUUCUCAUAAGUGAAGUUCAUUAAUGCUAUAUUAAAAUGUUGAUCGUCUAUUUUCCAGAUACAACUGCUUUCAUAACUUUAGAAGCUUUCUGAAUUAAUCCUGCCUCUUGUAGCGGAUCUUAGUCAUAUUUAGGCUAUCAUAUGUUCCCUGUGUAGACUGUGUUCAUAACAUGCAGUCAUGUGUUUCAUGACUAGGUGAAUUCCUUUCUGUCUGUCUUGCAUUUAAUUUCUGAAGAUGUAAUAAGCUUAGGAUAGGCGCUGGCCUACUUUCUGAGCAGGCUCAGAAGUGUAGCUUGCACAUUUUUGCUAACACCAUACUAUUUUGAGAAUUUCUUCCCCUGUGGGCCUAUUAUUGGAAGUUGCAACAACACCCGUAGUUUAAUUUAACCGUUUCUACUUGUGCUGAGGUUGUCUGACAGGUGCUAUCCAAACGCUUGUAGUGGGAAAACCUGGUGGAGAGUAGAAUGGAGCCUGCUUGUAUAAGAACCUGUGCUUUCCCCCAGAGGACACUAAACUAAGCAGUCUUGUAUCACCUGCUUUUACCUGCUUCGUCUAUUCGAAUGUCUUAGGAAAAUGUUGCUUCUUGCACUGAUUGAGCCACCAAAGUGUCCCAGCUGUGUUUCUGAAAGGCUUGUACUGAUUCCCUUGAAAUCAAUGGCAAAACUGCCAGCAGCUGUGGGGUGUGCAAGACUGGGCUGAAGACCAGAAUCCUCUGCGUUAGCAGCUUUUGAGUACUUGUUCACAACACAUGCAGACCACAGGGAAAUGAGCUGUGGGGCUCCAAAGAGCCAAAGUGGUAAAAAACGUAUCAACUCAGCUUUGAGGGGAAAUCCAGAGUCUUAUCUGUCGGUUCUGAACUAAGUCUUUCAGAUAUUGCUUAUUCCAUGUUUACUAAUCGGAGAUUCAAGUGUGUUACAUAAGAAUAUGCAUCUUUAAUUGGUACUGGAACAAUUCUACAUUGUAUUUUUCUUGUCUCAAACCUUACCUUUACCUUUUAUAUUUCCUGUAGCAAUUAAGACUUCAAACAUGAUAGUAUUUUAGUAUCGUGCUCUAGCUAGCAUGAUGUAUGUCAAAGGAUGGUUACCAUAAAUAUUUUACUAAGAUUGCCAGAGUGGUGGUGUAUAUGUACAAGUUUAUUGUAGUGAUAAGAAUUUGUUUAAAAUAGUCUAGUAAAUAAUUAUGUUUUAAUUGAAACUAUGUCCUUUAAUGGCAGAUGCAUCUAAUUUCCAGGGUAUCUGUUGAAAUGGGAAGCUAUCUCAUUUUGAUAAGCAAUAGCUUUUAGCAUGGUUUCUCCCUUGAACCAUGGCACCUAGCAAACAUGGUAACUCUGAAAGGUUAUCAUCUUUGAACAGCAGAACCUGUAUUUUGUUGAUCAGAUUUUAUUGCCAAUCCUAGAGAAAUUAAACAAAUCUAAAAGCAACAGCAUGUGAAUUAGAAUGAAAGAACAACAUGUAUGUACGCCUCAUAUCUUAAUAUCUUCUGUGAAUGUCUUUCCUUUUAACUGAAGUUCUACUAGAAAUCAGAUUGCUAAAUAAAAAAGGAAAAAAAAAAAAGAAAAAAAAAGAAGAAAAGAAAGAAAGAAAGCAAUUCUAAGUAGUUUUAAUUAACCUUAAAUCUUUUUCAUUGUUAUCAUUGUCUGUAAUUCUUUCAUUCUCUAGUACAAGGAAAUCAAUUUGAAAAAGGAUACAAGUUGGAGAGGCCUCAAAAAAAAGACUCAAAGUACAUGGGAAAAAAAGAUAAAAUAGCAAAGAACUUCACAGAGCAGAUAUCUAUAAAGAGAGAGGGUACUGAAGCCAGGGAUGAAUUGUUAAAAUGUGUGCACAUAUUCCUUGUGUAUCGGGCUGCUGUGACUGUGUUACAGAUGAGAACCCUGAACACUGAAAAUCUGAAUCUGUUGAAGUGAGCUGAGUCUGAACACAGAGUUUUGAUGGAAUCAAAAUGACUGAGCUUUUUCUGACUCCUCUUACAGCAGCAAGCAGUCUAGUGCCACUUCUGCUAAUGUCUGUUAUUGCAAAUUCAGAGGCAUUGCCAGCUUCACAAGAGCUAUGUACUAAAAAUGACUGGGAGUGGUUUGCCUCCCUGUCCUACCAUAACUGUCCUUUCCUUUAUGAAUGUGAGCCUUUUAUUGAAGUCAUCAAGAAAAUGUGCUAGUUCAACAAACUUGCAUGUUUUUUUAAUAAACUACCUUAUCAGACUUUAAUUUUUUUAUGUGAAGCAUUUUAUAAAAGUGCUACAUUUAGUGGGUUCGAAUAAGAAUGUUCUAGGCAAAGAAACAGAGGGUGCAACAGCCUCCAGAAUGAAGGAGGCUGGGACUGUCCUAACCUGUUUCUUUUUUCUGCAGUGUGAAUUGCCUUAACCCCACUGCAAGGCCCUGCUUUGCUGAAUGUAUAAUUGUGGCAAGGUCCAGUAAUGCCUUGUGCCCAUGACUCCACUGUUCAUUUGUACUGCUGUUGUAACCUCUAGAAGGGGAUAAAGGAGCGUUUGUCAUUUGUACAGGAAAGUCCUAGAGGAAACAAGAAGGGAGCAAAGGUUUAAGCUUAAAGCUAUUCUAAUACUUGUGCACUGUGACACUGAGCAAAUUUGUUUCUUCUUGCUGUCACCAUGUAAGUUUCAAUGAGGCCAAAGCUGUAUGGGCCUGAAAAAAGAAUAUUUUGGAUGUGAGGUCCACAGCUCUGGAGUAAUCGUUGCCUGUGGGGCAUCAACAUAUGAUGUAUUAAAAAGUUGAAUACUGAAUUUAUUCAAAUCCCUAAGCCUGCAGUACUAGCAGAAUCCUUCAUUCUUGAAAUUAAAUGCAAUUUUGGAGACAAACUUGUACUUCACACUACGGUAUUUCACAUGCUACUUCAAGUGAUAGCUGACUUGGACCUAGUUACCAAAAAGCAAUUAGCAAUCUCUAAUAUUUUUAAAUUAAGUUCUGACUUUCACACAGAAGCAGAAUUCCUGAAGCACUAUGCUCAAAAUCCUGAUUAGGGCCACUAGUUAAGAACCAGGAAAAGAAAUAGCAGAUAGAAGUUUUUUUUUUUUUUUUUUUUAAUUACUUUAUGUUAAAGAGAAAAUUGUCUCAGUAGAUUCCUGCACAGUUAACUGUUUCUUUUGAAUACUUUUCCAUUUUUCAACCAUCAUCUAGGAAAAGUGAAGUAAUUUUUACAUAUGGUAUAACAAAGCACAACCAGAACUGCCUCUGUGAGAAAGAAGUUCAGAUUAAGGUACUCUGCAAAUAUUCUAAAGUAACGAAGUAGUGUUCUUUCUGUGAUGCAGCAGCAUUUAAUAAUGUCAUGUAUGCUUCCACUGUUUUCUUGGGUUGUUUUUUGUUUGUUUGUGCUUUUUCUGGAAGAAAUAUCUAGAUAUGAAACCCUUGAGUCAGCACAAAAGCUGACUUUAGGUAAAACAAGUCAGGCUGAAGCAGGCUAUACAGAGAAGAUUCCCAGCAGAACAGCCCUAACCCAUUUAGCCUUGGCUUAGGCUAGCAACUAGUCAAGUUCAUGCACUUCUUUUUCAAGCUAUGUCCAUGUACGUAAGCUAAAUAAAGUUCAUGUAGUAAAGAAAAGGGAGUCAAACCCUUUAUGCUAAUGUUCUUUACCUAAACUGUAUGUCUUACAGUUAAUGUGUUACCCCAACAAACUGACCUUGGCACAGCUGUUCACAAGCUGGCCCUAAACCCAUUACUGUUCUUUCUUAAAGGUCUGUUCUAGUUACAUGUUUAAAAAUACAUUUAUGGCAUGGACUUAAUUGGGAGGACUGAACACUGUGUCAUCAUGUAGCUGUAGAUUACUUUUGUUAGAGCAUAAGGGACACCUGCAGAGCUUGUUGUGUAACUUGCACCAACAUCUUUAGUCCUGAAACUGCAUAAACUGCUAAAGGGCCGUGGAAGAAAGAGAAAUCCCCUGUGGUGCACAUCCUGAAACACAAGUGUGAUGCUUUUGUUGCUGAUAGUAUGUAGGAGUAAGAUCUCAGUAUGCAUCCGGCACUCCCUGUUUGCUGAGUUCUUACCCACCACUAUAAGGGUAGCAUGGAAAGAGCAUGGCAACAGCUCUGGUCUGCUUCCAUCUCUUCCUCUCCUUCAGAAAUGCUUCUUCUCACUGAUAAAUUCAUCUCCUUUUCCUGUCAGAAUGCGCAGCUCCUUCACAGCAGCACUCGCCUCCCGGAACAUGGCUGUUUCAUUGGGAAAGUUGUAUGACACUGAAUUCCUGCCCUGUGCUAUAUUUGCAGCUGGUUUUAUCUGCUUACAGUACCUAGUGAUUGAAAGCAGCUCUUUUUGCCAGCUGCAGUACUGUUCAUAACUUGUUUGUGUGUGUUCCAGAAUGGUGGCACCAUCUGGCAAAGAGUGUCUAAAAGCAGUGGGCCUGCAGCUCAUUCCAUUGAGACACCCUUCUUGUUGUUUGUCAUCUUUUUCCCAAGGUAUACAAAUGCUAAAGUAAACGUGUAGCCAAAUACAUUUUAAGGUAAAUACAAAAGUGCUUAUGGAGUCACAAGACGUCAGAAUGAACUCUCAGCUUUCUCUUUCCCUGCUGCUUUUGCUACGUCUUGCACAUAUACAAAGCCACUGUAUCCUCCACAGGAGAAUACACAGUAGCAUUAAGAAACCAUUGCUUCUGCUGCUUUCAGUUACUUGGGGUUCCAAAAGUCCAUCUCAAAAGGGGCAACAAACUAGCAUCCUUAAAAAUGUUUAUUGUUCCCACCAGUAAGAAAAUUGUCAACGCCUGUGAUUAAAGAAUCUUAUUUACAUUGGACCAGCAUAUCAUGGGAGGAAAAAAAAAUCACCUGCUUUAUGCAUUUGGAGUUUCUGAGGUACUGUACUUAAAUCCACUGCAGCUCCUACGUUGUGUCACAUCUGCUGAAACCCCACCUAAUUAAGAUAAGGGAUCAAAGCAAUUUUUGAAUGCAGUUUGUGCUAUCCCUUGAUUCCCACCAAGUUACUGAAGCGCAGAGAAGUGGCUUUCCACAAAUCCACUUUAAGGAGCAUCAUUCAUUCUGCUCUACUCCUCAGUGGAUCAAGGCCCAUCUGCAGGCAGUGCAGGUGUGAUACAAACACCUUCAGUCCUAGCGACCUGCUCUGUGCGUUGAGCAGCCAAAGCCCACGCAGUUCCUCUGGUACAAAGCUGUGGUUUGGCAUGAUACUCCUGAAAGGCUUCAGCUCCUUGACAGAUCAGUCAGAUGGGGUGCUUCUACGCCAUCUGACUAAUUAGCAGAAGCCUGCUGGCACUUAUCUGUACUGAUCCACGUGUGGAAUUUAGCCCUAACUAACAGUGCUUAAUUUCAUGGGGAUUGAACAGAUUCUCACCACUACAGAGUGGUUGGGAUGUGCUCAGUGUGAACCUUCUUACUGAUAUAUAUAUAAAUAAAGACAUAGAAAUAAAUAGAUAUUUUUAUGGAGAUGUUUUAUAAGUGGCCUUUACUUUGUGCAUGGUAAUUACUGCCAAAUUCUUAUUGUUUAGGAGCUACAAAACGGCUGGUUCUGCAGCAAGUGGCUGAGGAUUUGGUUUUAAUUUUUAUUACUCAGCUACAAAUUGCGUGGUUUGAUCUGGGUUUUGUCUCAGUGUCUUUUUUAUUUUCUUUUUUAUUUUUGUUGAUUUUCUGGCAGGGUCACGUUGGGCUCAAGCAGGAACUUUUCUGUAAGUCUUCGAGAGGCAGAUCGAAACCGUCAUUGCCAUGUGACAUGACAGAAGCACCUGCUUUGCACAGCCCAUGUCGUUUAUCAGCCCGAGGACCUUAGCAAAAUGUCUUUAAGCAAUCUAUUCAGCUUUUCACACUCUGUUGAGGUACUGCUAUUUCUCUAGCUUUGCUCGACAAGUAAGCUCCUAAUCACUGGCCUACAGAUACAGCCUCUCAGGCAGGAAAGGGGCCCAGCAAGGACAAGGACAUGAAUAAGGAUUCUGAAUUGCAUUCAUAAACAAAACAGUAAUGAAACAUUGCCAAAACUGCUACUGAGGCAGGCUACCUUACUUCCUCUUUUCUCUUACUCUUUUUUUUUUUUAAAUGUGCUCAGUAUGUCAUGUUCACAAGCCUGAUCUCAGUAACCUGAGCUCCUGUUUAGAGAUAGAAAUGUGGUUGUGCUUUCCUAUCUCACCCCUACUGCUGUAAAGCAGUCUGUAGCCAGGACAGGACCAGGGUCAUCAGCCACCAGGAAAGCUAAGCCAGCCUCCCACACAGUUCCUUCCAAAUCAGCAGGCUGAGAGUUUGGUCCUAAGUUUGUGUGCUUACAAAGCUGGCCCAGGUUUCUGGUGGGUGAACAAAGAUGGUGUCCGUCUACAGUUAUUCUAGUCCACAGCUUUCUUUCUUGAGCACAACUUUUCUAUGGGAAAAGAAAGCAUAAUCAGGAUAUGACUCUUACCCUAUUUAAAGGAAAACAUAUAUAUUAAAAUAAAUCCUAAUCUGAAAGUAUACUGUAUCUGGGAUUCCUCUGUUAUAGACAUUUAGUCUACAGAUUUAUGGCUACAUUUGCUAUGUUAUGCUUGAAUAAAGAUAUAAUUCAUUGAAAUACACAAGAUUUACAAAAAUAAUAUGAUCUCUUUACAGAGAAUAAACUGUUUGUAAAUUUAUCAAGAGUAUAAUCUGUUAGGCCUUAUUUGAAGUAUGUACUGUGGUUUGGUAAAAUUACAAAAUUAAAAGAGCCUU